GUCUACGACAGCGGUAUUUUACGAAAGCAGCGGUUGGAGGGACCACGAUGGUGUCAGCGAAGUCGACGUUCCCCUUUUUCGACUGCACUGGCGAGAGUCAAUGAAUUUCAACCUCACGGUGUUCACCAGCACCAAGGGCACGCAGCAGUGGGCCGUGGAUGAGUACACGGUUGCGCGACGUGGGCGGCGGCUACAGGGGAUGCAAUGGCCAUUGCGAACGAGCAUGGGCGACGAUGAUGACGAAAGCACCUUGCGUCGUCGAAGUCGAACACGGAUUUUGACCGCGGAUGAGCGUAUAUACGCAACCACUCGUCCUGGUGAAGUCGCAGAUAGCGAGAUAAAGAGUAAAUCCAAAUCACCGAGUAUGGACAAUAGAAAGGCUCGAGGAGAUUUGAUAGAAGCAGAUGAGCUAACAGGCGAUGACGAGGAGGAAGCAGCACCGUCAGAAGAGUCAACAUUUUCACGGAUUACGCGGACGAUUUCUCGAUAUUUGACGACGGGAUCUUCUGUAUCAAGCGUCAGUAGUCAACAGACUGGGCCAUCUCAGGAUCACAC